GAAACUUGUCGACGAAACAUUCUUCGCUAUGAUUUAGAAACCCCAUAAUAGUCAGACCCGAUAUGGAUACUGGUCCCUUGUGUCCCCCUGUCAUCUUAUUAUAAUUUUCCUGUCAAAUAAGUUGAUCCUUUCGGCAAUCUGCCACAUUUGAUCAGUCUUUUUGAUUUACUUAAUCCCUUUUUAUCAUAAUAUCGUCUUCGCGCAUUCAGUGGAUGAUCAGUGGAUAAUCACCGGCGCCAAUGAAGUUGUCAAUGCUUCUUAAUCGGCAACACUUAUACAUAUUAUCAUGAUGAGCUGAAUGAGCAAAAGAAAAUAUUAGAAAAGAAGCUAGUUUAUAACCUAGGAUCUAGCGCUAUUAUUUUUUACUAAGAACAUACGUGUGUCUACCGACUAUCUCACGCGCCGUCGACUACCGCGUCGUCAUCUUCAUCUGGAAAAAUAUCAAGAUUCUCACUCGGGUAUUACGCUUAAGCUUAUUUAAGAUACGGUCUGUUUUUUAUCUUGCCCAGGUGCGCGCACCUUGCCGGGAACCGUCGCUAUCUAUCUUAUGGACCGGAGACUGAACUAGCGGUUACGAAGCACGGUUCACUUUUUCGUCGUGUGCCCAUUGCUACCGUACCGAUAUCUUUAGGCGGCUUGGGUUCCACAGACCCCUGGUAUUAUAACAAGCGAUGUCGACAGGGUCCGAGACGGUCACCGUGCCGGCCACCCUUUCGCCGCCCAAUUUCUUCUCUCCUGUUAAAUUUCCCGUCGAGCCUAGACAUAAUUCGCGAACUCAAAGUCUGAAAGAUAGAAGCUACUCCAUGACAACAAACACGGCUGCCAAAAUGAGUACCCAACAUGGCAAUCGAGAUAGCGGCGGCAGCCAACAACAAGGUGCCCAAUCUAGUAGCACUAUUGCCCGGUCCAUGUCUCGCUACCGUAGACGGGUAGGUAGCGUUGCUGUCAACCUCGAUACUACCCAGAAAAUUAAUUCCGAUCCACCACACCCAUGGGAACUUCCGAAUCGACCCCCUGUGCCAACUAUUCCAAGUCAGUUAAGGACCGCCAGCAUGACACAAAAGGAGACUGAUGCCCCCGCCGCCGAGUCCAAUUCUUCUCCGCGAAGCCAACCGCGCCAUAGCGACUCCACGCAAAGGCACACGUCUCGUCGAAGCAUGGCGGACCAUUACCACCAAAGCCGACCUAGUACCGCGAAAAGCACGAAGAGCGCGAAGAGUGAGGAGAGCGCCUGGAAGAGGCUAGCUAGCCGAGAUGGGCGCCGGAGGAGGCUAAAUAGUGAAGAAGAAGAUGAAGCAGCGAAGCGAGAAAUCGCUCGUUUAGAGGCCGAGAAUCAUCGGCUGCUAAUCGAGCAGAAGAAGAAGGACCUCGCGAGGUUGGAGGUGGAAUUGGCGAACAAUAAUAGGACGUCAACUCAGUCGCAGCCGUUAAAACCGAAGAGUCCCGUAAUUGAAAAGUUUGUUAUGUUGACUAAAGGGCGGAGGAACAAGGAUGGGUUGUCUCCAGGACUCUCUCCUACGUCAUCGAAUAUAAGUAUCGAGCCCGCGAAAGCCUCCUCGGCCUAUAUCGAACCUGGAGGCAGAGGUGUCGUGCCUCAGACAGAUGCGCCGCACUCUGCGAUCAAUGCUGGGGACCGAAACGUCGCGGUACGCUACAAGCAACAUACUCUAAGCUUGGAAGUAACGCCCGAGACGACAGCAGACGACAUAAUCAUAGAGAUAUCUAAGUCGAUGAGUUCCAACGAAAUUGGCCCAGAAAAUUGUGUUGUGGUGGAAACAUACGGCAUAUUGGGUCUCGAGCGUCGCCUAAGGCGCUACGAAGCUAUCCGGGACGUCAUGAAUUCUUGGGACCGGGAUACUCAAAACCAAUUGGUAGUCAGGAUAUCUGAUUCCGAAGAAGAGAAUUGGGAGCUUGACAUCAAAUCAGUUCCGAGCCGUCGCGAACCAUCCCAGGGGUUUCAAUUGUAUAUGUACCACUCGAAUCGUCCGGGGAAGUGGAAUAAGAGAUGGAUCACCCUUCUUGACAAUGGACAGCUCCUCUCUGCAAAGAAGCCGAAUGCCAAUUCGACGGACAAAGAUACAACAGGUCUCUGCCACUUAUCCGACUACGACAUCUAUACACCCACAGAGUCACAGAUGCGAAGGAAUAUCAAACCACCAAAGCGAUACUGCUUUGCAGUAAAGAGUCAGCAGAAGACGACUGUUUUUAUGAAUACCGAGAAUUAUGUCCAAUAUUUCAGCACGGAGGACCCGAAGAUCGCAGCCCAAUUCAGAGAAAAGGUUCACGGUUGGCGCAGUUGGUACCUUGUAGAUCGUAGACCAGUAGCCCCGAAAGUAUCGAGGAAAAUCUCUAUUAGGAAGACCGACGACAAGCCGCCCCAAAUUACACUACCCGCAAUCAGCCAUGCGCCGAAGAAGUCGGAAAAUGUUGCUUCGAUGAAUGGACACCGCCUCCGAGUGUCGGUCGAUGAGACUCCGUAUUCAAUCGGCAAGUUCGAACCGCUUCUUGAUAUGAAGCGCUUCGAUAAGCGACUUUCGCAAUUUGGACAGGAUUUCUUACCUCCUGUACCAAACGUAUCGACCAUGCCGAAGGAAAUCCCGGCGCAUCAUCUUAAUUCUGCUCCCAAAGAAGAAAAGCGCGAGCGAAAGUUGAUAGAUCGCAUUCACUCAACUGCCGAUGAUGGUUUCACCGGCAAUGGCUUGCUUGGUGAAGGGUAUGAGGAACGUAAGGCCCACGCCGAGACAGAUAGACCGGAUCGAGGACGGCAAAGAUCCAGAGACGAUGGGUUUACCGAAGGACCUUCACUUUUGAACAGGAAAUCGGAGCCGGAAACAUCGGGCCACAAGCCCGAGUCACCCUCUUGGUUCCCGUCAGCCCUUGAACACUCCGCAAGAAAGCGCAGCGCUGGUCCUCCUUCAAAUCGCCCCAGCACCUCUGCAGGUGUCAUGCAUCACAACCACUCACACGCACGCAGACCAUCCCUUAACUCAUCAUCCCGGCCUCCUCCUCUUCCUCUUAGUGGCAAGCCUCUUCUACACGAACAUCCGAGUCCCCUCACCUCGCAACCGACCGGACUUUCGCAUUCGAAUCGUCGCGAAAAACCGAAGCCUCUUGUUAACCUAGAGCCAACUUUCAAGGAAGCACCGCAAUGGGCCAAAGGGAAGCAAGGUCAUGGCGUUAAAGCGCCAGAGGGCAUGAUGCACUUAGUUGAUCUCAUCACUGUUCCAAACGAAUCGAAUGAGAAUAGGCCAGACCUACCACCUCGAAGCGUCCUACGCCGUCCUCCGAACACCGCACCUCUCCCGGGUCUGGCCCGAACAAGGAGUAAAACCCAGGGAGCUCCAGCUCCAAGGUUAUCGGCAACAGAUGUGCCACCCGUCCCGUCUUUACCUGGGCAUAUCGGAAACCGGGAACCACUAAGGUCUCACCCAACCCCACGAAGCAGAGAGCGGGAACGGGAAAGGGACAGGCCGAGGGAGAAAGAACGCGACUACAAUGCGCAUAACUCAGUGCCCGGCAGAGCGGGUACGCUUAAGGUAGUAUAAGCUAUUUACUAAGCAUUUAAUCGUUAAUGCUAUUUAAAACUUCACUCGUUUAUUUAUUUUGUCAUUGGGAAUGUCUAUCAUUUAUAUAUAUUUUUUAAUAUCCUUUAUCUAUACCAACGUCAUCUCUGGCGGAAGCACUGGAGUUCUGGGAAAUGCGGACGGACGCAUAAUCGACGAGACCGAGCGAGCGAACACGAUAUGCAUAGCACGGAAAGCGAAGUUGGGGAAUGCGAGAGGCGCAUGUUAUUUUCGGAUGCUUUUAGGCGGACGGGUGCGCAUGGAGUCAGAUGCAUGUAUCAUGGGAUAUGGAUGUCUGCAUAUAGUAUGUUUUUUGGCAUGAUCUGUAUUUGUCGGACGAUGGAUGUCUUGACUACUGCUUUAUUUAUAUGGCCGAUGUGCUUAGAUAUAUACCUACCUACUUACCAAGGUACCUACUUAGUAUACCUUGUAAUAAUAAUAUCGAAUUAAGACUG